AUGACGGCGCCACCAGUGGACCUGGUGUCCUCCCUCCAAGAGGCGAUCGGCCGCCUGAACGCCAUGCUGUUCAACUACUUGGGGGCGCUGCAGCGGGAUGCCCCUCCCCAGCCGGUCAAGGGGGAGGCCCUGGUGGCAGCGCCCAAGACGUACGAUGUGCUGGCACAAACAGAGCUUAUGGCAAGCGACCUCAUGGCGGGGCUGAAGGAUGUGGAGGGCCUCAUUCAGCAGCUGCCGGAGCUCAGUGGCAGCGAGGCUGAGGAGGUGGCGCAGGCGGUAGCACUGCUGCAGCAGAAUGCGGAGGCCUCACAGGAGCUGCAGCAGGAGCUGGUGGCGGCCAGCGCCAAGCUGGCACAGCUGCAGGAUGCACACGGUGUGCUGGCAGAGGCGGCGCUGCGCCAUCGACCGCCAGCGGGAGGAACAGCGGAGCAGCAGAAGACUAAGAGCUGA